GCUGAAACGAAAUUCACAACACAUUCGUCAGCACAACGAGCAACAAGUCGUGUCGCUUUCUUUGGAUAUAAGAAUUAGAAUUCUCCGCGUAAAAUGUCCACACCCGUAGGCCCCGCUCCCGUCUCUGUGGUCUGUCCCCAAUGCCGGCAACAGGUGACAACCAACACGGAGCCAAAGGCAUCAACCAAAACGCAUCUUUUAGCCCUAAUCUUGUGCUUGUUUGGCUGCUGGCCCUGCGCUUGUGCCAUGUACUGCACGGACUGUGCACGAAACACCGAGCACUAUUGUCCCUCCUGCAACGCCUUUGUGGGCAGCUAUGAGCGUUAAGAAGUACAACUUUUGCUUUGGGUUCACACACCCGGAGGCUUCACUGCACCUCACUGCCUUCUCUCGUUGUACACUUCGUAUCUUAUAUACCUCACUACAAUUAAUUGCUAUUCGAUUAUGCCAUUAUUGUUAACCGCAUGUAAUUACUUUAAUGUUGCUAAAGAAAUUGUAAUGCAUUUCAAUAAUGAAAAUACAAAUAAAAAAGCUACAGUUGAGUGUGCUCAACUGUGAGAUAUUCUAAAA